AUGGUUGGAGGUGCUCUCAUCUGCAAAUAUUUACCACGCGAAGAGCAACUAAAGCUUAUAUCAGACUUGAUUCAGAAUGACAGCUUAGAAGAGGUGCUGGAGUUGAUUGAAACUUCGCCACUGGAUAUAACGACGGACAGCAACAUUGAAACACCAAUCUUUGAAAAAAUUACUGAGCAGGUCAUUGCGUAUGCUAGUAUAGACGGUGAAGCCAGGGAAAUGUUUCGCUCUUCGAGGGCUGAAAUGAACAAGGCGCUAAGAACUUCUGCACAAUUACUAUGUUGUUUACCCAGUGUAUGGCAUAAAUUUCAGGUGUGGAUGAGCUACCGGUUAAAUGACAUCAUUAGCGAAAACUAUAAACAUCUCUUCAAUGACAACUUUGGAAAAAAGAUUGUACAACCAUUUUUCGAUUCUUUUGCUGAGGAACAAAACGCUAAUAUCAAGCAUGAAAAUCUGCACUUAGAUAUCCUUAGCCUGCUUCACUACUUAGAAGUUGUAUAUUUAUUUGACGAAUGUAAGAAUGGUAUAUCGUCCAAAUGCCUAGAUUUUAUCAUUGUUCCAUUGUUAGGCUGUAAUUCGGAAGAGAUUGCUGAUUCCUGCUCCAAGUUAAUGAGAUGGCAUAUCAAAUAUUUAUCGAAAUGCUGCAAUACCGAUAGUAACUUUGAUAAGCUCAUUUGGACAUUUAUCAAACAAUUGUACGCUGAAGGCUCCCAACAAGCUUGGAAGCAAAAGAACAGUUUAUCUUUUCUCCUAAGAUUCCUUUUAGCAGCAGAGUUGUCUCCUGAACUUAUUACUUAUAUAAAGACCGAUGCUUAUUGGAGGCACAUUCAAACAGAGCUGGAUAAUGAUGUGCACGAACACAGAAAAUUGGCACUCUCAAUUCUUAAAUUAACAAUUCAAAAACUGUCAUCUCAUGGUAUAACAUUGCAAACAACAUUUUAUAAAUGCAAUGAUCUAGCAAAUAUCGAGAUGCUGGGUAGCUGGAAGAAAUUCACCACCUUAUAUGAAAUGAUUGCUCUGGACACAUCAUUGAAUCAAAUACAAGCGGCCAAACAAGAUAUAAUAAAAAUUUUUGAUAACGAGCAUUUACACCAUAGUUGGGGCCUUAUCUUGCUUUCUACGGGAUUGAAAUCAUCAAUGGAGAGUGUCAGAAAAUACAUGAUGACGUUAAUGUUCUCGAUUACAAAUAUGUCAGCAUUCUCUUCAAACUUGCCAUUAUUGACAAAAACUCUUCUUCCAGCUGCAAUGUCCGCUCAUUAUUUUGAUGUAAAAGGUGUCAGUUGUCCCCAUGGUGAAAAACUUUCAUUAUUUGUCAAUAACUUACUUUCCCAAACAACAGAAGGCAUAUCAGAUAUAUUAUUUGAAAUUUUGAAAUUAUUGGUGGAAAAAGGGACCUCUUUUGACCCUUCUAGGAUAUACUUGUCCUACGGUAUCUUAGUUUUCUUCCAGAAUAACAAACAGAAAACAAUCAACUCUGACCAUUUGAGUCUGAUCAGGAAAUUGUACGAUUUUGCAGCCGAAGAAGAGGUUCUCGAAACUACAAUCCAAACAAUUUACUUGAAGUUCUUACUGUACAUUGAUCCAUCUGUCUCCGCAUCUGAAUUAUUGUUUACAUUAGUUUCACACAUUAAGUUAAAGGGAGGGACAUACAAAUAUGUUGAGCCUCUUUUUGAAGAUUAUAGGGAUCUUGCCGUUUCUCACUUUGACGAUUUGCAAGCGAAAGAAAACUUGACGACAAACAUCGGAAAGGAUACUAUUUUUGACCUCUUAGCAUCUAUCAUCUUCGAUUUCAAGGAUAUUGAUAUUACUCCCGAUUUUUUAAUUGAAGUUGCGAAGUCGAAGCAAGAUAUACCCGUUUACACUUCAAAGGCAGUUACUUUUCUAACUCAGCUACUUUCAGGCGAACCUUCGAACGGUUAUACCUAUGAAAAUGCAACCGCUUUGUUGUCUUACCCAAAUUUUACAAUAUCUACAUGGAAAUCCAUCAAUGUGAAUAAUUUAUUUAAGUCGGUAAUGGAAAAAUUUUCGCUUGAUAAAUUCAAGUUCUUUGCUGAAAUUUACCAGAAGACUUAUGAAUGUAGGUUCGAUACAAUCGAGCUAAAUUUUAAUGACCUUCUGAGCCUAUAUGAAAUGGUUAAAAAGUCUGCCAAUCAGUGUUCAAGAGAGAGCUUUAAAGUGAAGGACAGCGCUUAUUCUUCUUACUUUGAACUUUUAAAUACCUUCCUGAAAACAUACGCCUUAAAUCGUGACUCUUCUGAAGGAAAUGAUGAUGAGCUUCACAUACUACUACGCUUAGUUGACGAGAAUAUUAACAAAGAUAAUGGGAAUUAUCUGGGGAACCUGGCAGUCUGUAAAUUAUUGUACUUUAUCAUAGAUUCCUACAUCCAUUGCUCCACAUCUGUUUCUGAUGAUGAUAUUUUCAUAGUGAAAUUCAUUUUUGAGAAAUUUUCGUUUAUAUGGGAAUGUAUUAAUAGUGAAAGAUUAGUUUUGAAGGAAAGGGAUCUGCAUUUGAUGCUAAUUAAGGGAUUAUUUCAUCCUGUGAUCCUGUACUUUGGAUCAAAUCAGUAUAUCGAUACUUUGACCUCGAAGUUGGAGGAACAUGCACAAACGAUUAUAUCAUUGAGUUAUUCCAGAAGAAGCCUACUCCCUCUUCUCGGAUCACAACUCAGAGUAUUUAUGAAGUUUUAUGGGAAAUUGUUAAGAGAAGAUGUCAACUAUUGGUGGUUGAUUAACAUUAUAGUAGGUGUUUUCAAACAGCCGCAAAUGGAUGUCAACCUUUACAAGCUCAAACCUGUUAUUUCCAGCCUAUUUGACCACAAACUGAACAAUUAUUACAUAAAAGGCGAUGAACUUUAUGAAAAGGUGUACGGACCCGACGAAAUAUUGGCUAGAGUAUCUAUUAUUGAUUCUAUUUUAUAUGCAAAUGAUCAGUUGAAAAUUCGAUUAAUCGAAAAAGUUACUGAAAAAACAAACGCACUUUAUGCUAUAAAGAGAACCGACGGUGCCGAAGCGUUACAGAGGUUGUUGCAGUGGCAAUUGUUAUUAUUAUCACUACUAACCACCAAUGAAAAAAAAUUAAGCGAAACUAGCAUGAUCAGAAUUCUAAAGAGUAUCGAGGAUGAAAGUUCACCACUAGUAAGAGUAUAUAAAGAAUGGUUCAUUUCCUCAAAGGUUGUUGAUUAUUAUAAAACUGGCAAUCCAAAAUUUGCUGAGGAUUAUCUCUUCUCAUUGCUGGAGGAUCAUAGCAAACCGGUGUUUGUAGUUAGCGCAGAAAAAAUAUGCUUUAUGGUGUUGAAAGAUUUAAGAAACGACGAAAAGAAAUAUGGAUUUACACAGUUACUAGACAGAUUCAUUUGCACGUUAGUUCCUAACGCAGCUUCAAACAAACCUCUGGUAAGGCAUUUUUCUAAUUCUCUAAUAAUUUCAUUAUGGCCUACAUUCAAAGCCUACCUAUCGGAUCACACACUGAGAAACAUCAUUGAGAACUUAUAUUCCAAUGCCAAAAAGACUCAAAUAUUUGGUCAAUAUCGUGCCGGGGAUGCCAACAUAUGGGAUCUGAAGGGUGAUAGGAAAUUAACGAACAUGUUUGGUGGUGUGCUCAAAAAAGUUACCGACCAUGAUUGCCCGUACAUUUCUGAGUCUGUUUUCGAAAAAUAUUUGCAGGAGAAAGAUAUUGUUCCUAUAGGUACCGAUGAAAGGUCCUUAUGGCUUGAUAAAAGAGACACCAAUACGGAAUCUGUUAACAACGCGAACAUCUCCUGUGACACUUCUCCACUGCAAACAAAAAGUGGAGCUUGGGAAACCGUUCUGGAUCUGGACAAUAAAAAAUCGAAUGAUGUCGUUACACGUUCUGAAUUGAUUGUGGUAUCUUCAUUAGUUGAUAAGCCGCCAAACCUGGGAGGUAUUUGUAGGUUAUGUGAUGUUUUAGGUGUGGGACUGCUUACUGUACAAGACAUCAAAGUCAAAAACCAUCCUCAAUUUAAAAAUGUUGCUGUGACUGCUGAUAGAUGGAUGCCCAUGGAGGAAGUUGCCCUAGAUGAGAUUGCAAGUUUCAUGAAAGAGAAAAAGAAGGAAGGGUACACAUUAAUUGGGCUAGAGCAAACGGAUAAAUCAGUGAAGCUAGACAACAAUUUCCAAUUCCCUAAAAAAUCAUUGAUCUUGCUAGGAACCGAAGCAUUCGGUAUUCCGGGGACUUUGUUAAGCGAAUUGGAUUUAUGUUUAGAGAUUCAACAAUUUGGUGUGAUCAGAUCAAUGAAUAUUCAAACGGCAACCGCAGUUAUCGUUCAUUCCUAUACAGUUCAACACAUGUAA